AUGAUUCCCCAAUCCGUCCGACGGGUUGUGGCUGCCGCGCCGCAGUCGCCCGUUGUCUCCUCUCUGGCAGCCUCGUCCGCCCCUCGCGCCGGCGCCUCCUAUAUACUCUCGUCCUAUCAGCCCAAUGCCCUGCAAAAGCGACGAUACUCUUCCUCCAAGCCGUCCAGCCCCGAUGACGGUUCCUCCCGGGCCUUCGCUGCCCGCGCCUCUGUGCCCGCCGCCGGCACCUCCAAGACUCCUGGAGAGAAGCGCAAGCGCAAGGCGAAGGAGCCGGUCAUGCCGCCACUCCCCAGCGUGCCCAGCACCAGGCAUAUCAAGGACGAGGCGCUCGCCCUUUCAACGUUCUUCGCCCUUCACAGGCCGAUUUCAGUCACUCAACUUCUUCCCAAGACCGUGACCGAGGAGUCAUUCGCCGAGAUCUUCAACCACCGCAAGGGACACAAGGCGACCGAUGUCCUUUCGACCUUGUCGCAGGCCGUACACGAUCUUGAGUCGCCCAUGUCUGGGCUUAGGCUCUCCGAUAACGAUGUCGAAGACGGCUCUACCAAGAUCAGCCUGAAGCACCCCGACGGCACCGAGUCCGAUGUCUACUUUCAGCUAAACUCCAUGUCCGGCCACUUCCUUCCCUUCAACCCUCCUCCGCCGCCGGAGCCCAUCGCUGAGGUUGACGAGGCCGCUGCGGAGGCCGAAGCCUCUGCUGCUAUCGCCGAGGAGAUUGCCGCCGCCGAGCAGGAGCCGGAAACGCGCGUGUACAAGGCGGUUGUCACGAUUGAGGAGACGAGGGAUACCAACGGCCAGUACAAGAUCAUGGCGCACAGCCCACAACUCGUCGAGGACGAUGCUGUGCAGCCGCGCAGCUUCCUGGAGCGCCUCGCCCUGCGCCAGAUUCGCUAUGAGGAAGCCCGCCAGCAGCAGGGGAUCAUGCAUGCUAUCAGCGUGCGCAGGCAAAAGAAGCUGAAGAUCAAGAAGAAGAAGUACAAGAAGCUCAUGCGCAGGACAAGAAACGAGCGUCGCAAGCAGGAUAGACUCUAA